AUGGCUCCUAAGAAGAAGGGAGGCAAGAAGCAGACCGACGACUGGGAAGCCGAGCUGGGCGAGAGCAUCGAUCCCAUAGCCCAGGCCACCGCAGAUGCAAAAAAGGAGGAAGCUGAGAAAGAUGCGGCCGAUGAAGAAAUGAAUGGUGGUGGUGGCUUGUUGGCUGCCCUUCGCAAAAACAAAGACAAAAGGGCAAAGAAGGGCAAGCCUGUCAUCAACGACUUUGUCGAGGGCGAAGAUCCCGACGGCGUUGCUCCUACCCCACCCGCCGCAGAUCUCGAUGCCAAAGCCCCUAUCGAGGCCACUUUUGAGGACGACGACGAUGAUGUCUUUGCUGGAAAUGUAAAGAAAGGGAAGGCGGGCAAGAAGCAACAAAAUGCUCCGGGCGCAGAGGCCGAGGCCGAAGCUGUGGCAGAGGAUGGAGAGGCCGAGGACGGCGGCGGGAUGAAAUCCAAGAAGGAAAAGGAACGUGAGAAGAAAGAGCGUGAGAAGCAGAGAAAGAAGGAACAGGCGGCGAAGAAAAAAUCUGCAGCACCGGCACCUGCUCCCAAGGCCGAGCAGGCUAAACCUACGGUGGAAGAGAAGAAACCUGAAGCUCCUGCUUCUGUCCCCGAGAAGGAGGAGAAGGGUGGCAAAAAGAAAAAGAUUCCUGCACAUCUCGCUGCCAUCCAGAAACAACAAGAAGCAUUGGCGAGACAGCGAGAGGAACAGGCAAGGAUAGAAGCGGAGGAGAAGGCGGCCGAGGAAGAAAGACUACGAAAAGAAGCCGAAGAGGAAAAGAAGAAGGCUGAGGCGAGGCAGCGAAAGAAGGAAAAGGAAAAGGAGAAAAAGGAACAGCUCAAGAAAGAGGGCAAGCUUUUGUCCGAUGCCGACAAGAAGCGGAGGCAGCAGCAAGAGCUCCGGAUGAAGCAAAUGCUUGAGUCUGGUGUCAAAGUUGCCGGUCUCACCGAAGGUGCAGAAGAAAAAAGGAAGCCUACCUUCGACAAGAAACGAAAGGGUCCGAAGAAGGACGAGGUCGAUCUUGAAGCAGCCGCCGAAAAGGCUCGACUCGAAGCUGAGGCUGCCGAAGAAGAGCGUCAGCGCCUCGCAAAGGAAGCCGAGGAGGCUGCUGCGGCCGCUGCCGCAGAGGCUGCCAAGGAUGAAGAGUCUUCUGAAAUCGACGAUUGGGAGAAGGCAGCAGACGAAGAAGUCAAGGAGAGCUGGGAUGCUGAAUCGGAUGAAGAGCGAGCUGAAGCAUCCAAGCGGGCGGUCAAUGGCGAUGUGUCCAAAGCGAAAACCAACGGGGUCGUUUCCCAACCGGCAGCGUCCUCCACUCUGCCAGUCCGCGACUCCAAACCGUGGCCAAAAGAAAAACCCAUCGAAUGCGACACCGAGUCCGAAGAGUCAUCUUCGGAAGAAGAAGGCACUGCGGCCCAACGAGCCAUUGCCAAGAAGAAGGCAGAGGCAGCUGCCAGACGACAGAAGGCUCACGAAGAGGCUCUUGCAGCACGGUCAAAAGACCAUCUACGAUCUCCUAUCUGCUGCAUUCUCGGUCACGUCGAUACCGGGAAAACGAAGCUCCUGGACAAGAUCAGGCAAACCAAUGUCCAAGAAGGCGAAGCAGGGGGUAUCACACAACAAAUUGGCGCGACUUACUUCCCGGUCGAUGCCCUUCAACAGAAAACUGCUGUCGUGAAUAAAGAUGGCAAAUUCGAAUUCAAGGUGCCCGGGCUGCUUGUCAUAGACACCCCUGGCCACGAAUCGUUCUCCAACCUCCGGUCUCGCGGAUCUUCACUUUGCAACAUUGCCAUUUUGGUGGUGGAUAUCAUGCACGGGUUGGAACCACAGACUUUGGAAUCGAUGCAACUUCUCCGAGAUCGAAAAACCCCCUUUAUUGUGGCCUUGAACAAGAUUGAUCGUCUGUACGGCUGGAAGAAGAUUGACAAUAACGGUUUCCAGGAGAGUUUGGCCAUGCAGAACAAGGGUGUCCAAAACGAGUUCCGAGACCGACUGGAGCAAACCAAGCUGGCCUUUGCGGAAAAGGGCUUCAAUGCUGAGCUCUAUUACGAAAAUAAGGAUAUGAGACGAUAUGUGUCGCUCGUGCCAACGUCGGCUCAUACCGGCGAAGGCAUCCCCGACAUGCUGAAGCUUCUCGUGACCCUGACACAAGAACGCAUGACAUCUAGCCUGAUGUACCUGUCAGAGGUGGAAUGUACCGUGCUCGAAGUCAAAGUCAUCGAGGGCCUCGGUACGACGAUUGAUGUCAUCAUAUCCAACGGUGUCCUUCACGAAGGAGAUCGGAUUGUGCUAUGCGGUCUCAAUGGUCCCAUCGCCACCAAUAUUCGUGCGCUUCUUACUCCCGCUCCGCUCAAGGAACUGCGUCUCAAAUCACAGUAUGUGCACAACAAGGAAGCCAAAGCAGCCCUUGGUGUCAAGAUUGCCGCCAAUGACCUGGAAGGCGCCAUCGCCGGUUCGAGACUGCUCGUGGUUGGACCCGAAGACGAUGAAGAAGACCUGGAAGAUGAAGUCAUGGCCGACCUGCAACAACUGCUCGGCAAGGUCUCCAAGGACAAUCGUGGCGUCAGCGUGCAAGCCUCAACCCUGGGCUCUCUUGAAGCCUUGUUGGAAUUUUUGAAGCAAAUGAAAAUCCCCGUGGCCAACAUCUCGAUCGGUCCGGUCUACAAACGAGAUGUCAUGAUGGCGGGCACCAUGUUGGAAAAGGCCAAACAAUAUGCCGUGAUGCUUUGCUUCGAUGUCAAGGUGGAUAAAGAAGCACAGCAAUAUGCGGACGAAAACGGAAUCAAGAUCUUCACGGCUGACAUCAUUUACCACCUCUUCGACGACUUCACCAAACACAUGGCACAGCUCGCCGAGCAAAAGAAGGAGGAGAGCAAGCUUCACGCCGUGUUUCCUUGCGUGCUGCAUCCAUUGCAAGUGUUCAACAAGAAGGAUCCAAUUGUGGUGGGAGUGGAUGUGGUCGAAGGGAGUCUUCGGCCUUUGACACCCAUUGCAGCUGUUAAAACCAGCCCCGUGACUGGGGUGAAGGAGAUUAUCAGUUUGGGUCGAGUGUCUUCGAUCGAACGCGACCAUAAGUCUAUUCCGAUCUGUAAGAAAGGACAGCCGUCAGUGGCAGUCAAGAUUGAAGGACCCAAUCAGCCGCUGUACGGACGACAGCUGGAAGAGAAGGAUACCCUGUAUUCCUUGAUUUCGCGACAGUCGAUCGACACGCUCAAAGAGUUCUAUCGAGAUGAAGUGACGAAGGAUGAAUGGUCCUUGAUCCGGAAGCUUAAGCCUCUGUUCGACAUUCCUUAG